CUUCGGCAGGGCGGUAGCGCAGGCGCAAUAGCUCGGCUGACCCUCCCGACAGCUGGGCGCUUGCUCGUGCUGCUCUGCUUGAUGGCUGCGGCGCGGGAGGCCGGCAAGAGGCUCGCCAUCGAAGGGAACAUUGCGGUGGGGAAGUCAACAUUUGUGAGAGUGCUCAGAAAAGCCUUUCCAGAAUGGUCCAUGACCUCGGAGCCAGUGUCCAAGUGGCAGAAAGUUCAAGCUUCUGGUCCCCACCAGGCCUCACCAUCUCAGAGCUUUGCAAACCUGCUUCAAAUGAUGUAUCAGGAGCCCUCGCGAUGGUCCUACACAUUCCAGACUUACUCGUGUCUGAGUCGGCUCAAGGCCCAGCUGGAGCCCCUGUCUGUGAAGCCCCUGAAGAUGUGGGACCACGUGCGGGUUUUUGAGAGAUCUAUAUACAGUGAUAGGUACGUCUUUGCCAAAAACCUGUUUGAGAUUGGCCACCUGGCAGAGAUUGAGUGGGCAAUUUACCAGGACUGGCACACUUUUCUCCAACAAGCAUUCGGGGACCAGCUUGACAUCCAUGGCUUCCUUUACCUGCGGGCACCUCCAGAGAUCUGCAUGGAAAGAUUGCGCCAAAGAGGGAGGCCUGAAGAGAAGGAGGUCCAGCUGCGCUACCUGGAGCAACUUCACACUCAACACGAACAUUGGCUCAUGGAGAAGAGCACAGAGAUUCAUUCUGAAAACAUAAGAAAUGCCCCAGUCUUGCUGCUUGAUGUCACAAAGGAUUUUGAGAAUGACACAAAUGAACAAGGGAGGCUUAUGUCCCAGGUGAAGACUUUUAUAAAGACUCUCUCAGGGGAGGCUUUGCCUUCUGCGUCUGCCUCUGCCUCCUAGCCCAGGAUCUCAGAGCAGGCUCCUCGGAGUGGAUGGCCGCCAAGAAGAGGCCAAGAGAAACAGUCCUUGAUGGUCAGCUCCAUUGGGAGUUAACAGCUCGGGCAGGUCAGAGGUGCUUGCAAGAGUUAAAGGUCUCUCUGCACAGUACUUCCAGGGUAAAGAGAGGGGUGUUGGGGGCAAUUUCACUUGGGCCGGGUGAGCUCAGAAGCCAUGCAGAGUCCUCUGUUGGCCAAGUGAGAGAUCAGCCCUCUGAUCUCUUGCCUGGAAAGGGCCUGGCAGGCUGCUCUGCCACCUGAGAGAGUGGGGGCCCAUUUAAUAGAUUUGGGCAGUGGUGCAUCUACUUAAUCUUGCUGGCACUGGCUACCAGUGGCUCCCUUGCCAUGAUUCUGGACCUGCUCCCUCCCCAACUUCUGCUGCUGCAUUUUCUCAAGGUGUGGAGUCUCAAGUUGUUGAGUCUAUAUGUGCCCUCAGUUCCUGCUAAUUCUGUGACGUGGAGUGAUAGCAAUAGACACCUUGAGCUCACUUCCGUAAUAUAUUAUUUUUAGGCAUCCUGCACUUAGACACCCACUUGAGUUUUCCUAGGCACUGCGGGACCGUCUAACGGUGCCCAGUUCCUGUGCAUCUGCAAACCUUUCCAUUGUCUGUGCAUCAAUAGCCUCCCCCUUGGAGAAGAGAGAUUGGAGAUUGAUUGACACUGAAACAAUUCAGGGACCAACCGAGGAAUCUGGAAGGUUCAGAGUGCGAAAAAUAGACUGAAUUCUGUACAAUUGUGUUAGUGUCUGUAUCUGGCAGAGAUGUAAAAAAAACAGACAUGUACUUGAGCUUUUCAAGGGGCUGUUCUCUCUUCUGCUGCUUCCCACCCCCAGUGCAA